AUUCAAUAUGUUACCCCGUUUUUACGAGUAUUAGUUAAAAAUUUUAAACGAAGUUUUAAUGAAAAUUUAGAGUUAAAUGUGAAUUUUUUAUUUAUAUAUUUUCAUAGAGUUUUAAAUUCUCUAUAAAUCAUAAUCCUCGCACGUAAAAAACAUUAUAAGCGAUAUUGAUAUAAAUCAGCAACUUUACCUAUAGAGUAGCCGUAGUCUAAUAUUUGAACGUGCCUCGACUCGUUGAUCAUAGUAAAUUAUUAGUUAUCAUACAAACAUUUAACGGAAAAUGAGUAGUACUGAUGAGCAAGAUGAGUUCGAUGUAGAAAAGGACGCUUUACAUUCAACAGCUAUAAAUGACGAUUUAAAUUCCAACACAGAAGAUGAGCAUUUAAGGCCGAAGCGCUUAGAUUUCGAAUCAGAUAUGUCUGAAGAAGAGGAUAAAGAGAACAAAAUUCGGGAAGAGGCUUUACAUAUCAGUGAAUCCCCUGAAAAAUCCGCUCAUUCUUUGAAUAGAUCGGAAGACGCUGGAAGAAGCGCUCUAAGUGAUAUUCCUUUUGAAAUUGUUGGCGAUGCGGAAGCAGAUAUUAGUAUUGAUGAAAAAAGCCCAGACAAACAGAAUAACGUCAAAAUGGAACAUUUUUUACAUGACAUAAAAGAAUUAGAAGAGGAGCAACUUCAAAAAUUAAAGAGGCAGACAGAGCGUCUUGUAGCCAUUUCUCCACAGAAAUCUGAUAAAGAGGAAAGAGUUGCUAACAAUAUGAAAUUAAAACCUCCUCAAGCGGGUAGCAGUGACAGGUUCCUCGAAAGAACCUCAGACAAGCAGAUAUCCUCUGAAGAACAUACAGCAAUAUCAGGAGACGGACAGCAAUCGAUUGAAAUCCAUCAAAUGGAGCAAUUAAGAAUUCAUCUAAAAUCGAUGAUGAUUACCGGCAAUGAGGACUUUGAUCCAACAACAGCGGGUAGUUCGGAAAAUUUCUUGGAUACAAGCUCAACUAGUCACAAUACAAGUUUAGAAUCAGAUGUAAUAAAGUUGGCAAACGAGAUAUCAAAUCAAAGGCAUCCGGCCCCUUCGAAUGCUCUGUUGGAAAAUUAUGAAAAAGAAAAAUUCAGAAGAAAAAGGUGCGAAAAAGAAAUUCAAGACCUUCAUGGAAAAUUAGUAGAAACUCAGCAGCAACUGUUCGUUCUUAUUUCAACUGAAAAUAAGAAAGAUGGAAUAAUUGAGGAACUUGAUAAAAGUUUAGCCAAAGUUGUCGAUGGCUGGAAAAAGAAACAAGCCGAAAAGCAAGUAAAGAUCGAUAUGCUGACAAGAGAGAAAAAAGAUCUGAUAGGAAAAAUAAAAGAAUUACAAGAGAUUAAAAAUACGAAGGAAAAUCAUAUUGAAAGUUUAAUGAAGAACUUAUCUGAUGAAGAGAGGAAUAGCUCGGAGAAGGAGCAUAACUACGUAUUAAAAAUAAAUGACUUAAUGACCAAGAAUGAAGAAAUGAAAAAGAGUCUUAAGACAUUUGAACAGCAAUUAGAAUCUCUUAGCGUAGAAUUAGAAACCGCUGGAAGAGAGAAGGAAAUGAUGCAAAGGGAAUUCAUUCAAGAGAGAGAAACAUUUGAGGAGAAAGAAGAAGAAUACUUACAAAAAAUCGAAGAAAUAAGUGAUAAACACGUUACUUGCAUGCAGCAAGCCCAGCAAGAUAAAGAUAAGAUAGAAUCUUAUUUAACUGAAAUCAAAGAAGAAUAUUGCAAAGCUAAAAAAGAUCUGACAUACUCCACAUCUAAAGCCGAUGAACUGGAAAGAAUUAAAGAGCAAUUGUCAAUUCAAAUUCAAAUUUUACAAACCAGAACCGAAACUGAAAAGAGAGCUCUAAAAGCUGAACUAGAAGCUGAUCAUGAACAAAAAUUAGUCAAGGCAUUAGAAGAGCAAAGGAGUAAGUUCUCUUCCGAACAACAAAACUUUAGAGAGCGACUGAGAAUGCAAAUAGAUGAUCUUAAUAAAAGAUAUAAUGAAAAUAUGGAAAUGAUGAUGAAAAAGUAUAAUGAAGAUAUUGAGAAGAAAGAGGAUAAAAUUAAAAAUAUAAAAGAUGAAUUGGCAGAAAAGUUGAACGCUUCUCAAGAAAGAGUUGACCAGCUAGAAGUUGAGAAAAGUCAACUGGAAAAGAAAAUGAACGAUAUGUCAAGAAGACUGCAACUCAUUGUUAAAGCUAACUAUGAAGAAGUAAUGAAAGUGCUAAAUAACGAGCAGUUAGCUAUUAUUUCGCCAUCUUCUUCAUUAAAGGAGUCACAAAAUUUAAAAAUUUCCUCAACUCUUCUAUCAAACAUGGAACCUGAUGUAGAAAAAUCCAUUUCUGAUCGUCUAAAAGUAAAAAAUCCAAAUUACGUUAGGGAAAACUUCUUUCAAGAAUCUGGUGCAAUUGCUGAAAGUAACGAACAGGAUACCAUAAAAAAUUAUUUCAAUUUAUUUCCAUCAGUUUCGUCGAAUUUAGAAGAGCACACGACAGAGUUCUCUCAGAAAAAUGUUCAAGAAGAUACGGUAUACUCUCAUGAAGAAGCUUCAGUUACAACUGAGAGUUCGUCUUUCCCAGCAAAUCUUCCUAAACAAAAAUCGGAAACUGAAACGGAGAAGUUGGCUGAUUUAGAAUUUCAAGCAACUUUUGAUAGAAUUAAAAUUCUUACGGGAGAAAACUUGGAAAAAAAAAAUGAUACAAAAACUCCUAUCAUUAGCGAAGAAAAAACCUCUUUUACACAGAAUUGUCAAUUAAAACUCUCAAAUAUCUCAAACGAUGAACAAGAAAGCGAGAAUCUGCACAUUUCAAAACCAGCAGUCUCUACGUCUACAUCAUUCUCUUCUUUCGAGGUACCCGCAGAAUCUGUAGACUAUCUCUUUAAUUCGUCGACAUUCAAACAUUAUCUGAAAGAGAAAGAAAAAGCUGAAAAUUUUGAAUUUUACCAACCUGAAUUUGCUGACAGUUCGAUGAUUAGCCUCUCUGAUAAAGAAUCUAAUCAACCUAUCAUGUCUUCCGACCAAAGACAGUUAGAAUUAAAGCAAUAUAUAGGAAUGCUUCUUCAAAGACCUAACUUAACGAAUGAGAAUGUUUCACAAACCCCAGGGGCUCCACAAUCGCCAAAACCUCAACAAAUAAAACUUAAAAAUCUUGUAGAAGAGUAUGAAAAUCAAGAUAAGCCUGAUCUGACUGAUAUUUUAGAUAGUUGUAAUGUUGGGAAUGACUCUUCGAAAGAGUCUAAAAGUGGCGAAGAUAACAGUAAAUCAAAAAAGAAAGAAAAAGUUCUCCAACAGAAUGUUUUAAAAGCUAGAAAGCCAAAUUUUUCUCAAAAAUCAAAAAUUAAAAAUCAACCAACAGGAAACGGACGAAAGCAACAAGAUCAGAACAAAAAAGUUGAAGCGCCUACCAAGAAAGGAAGCGUUUGGAAGUAG